CAAGGCACCAGUAACCUUGUCUGAUGUGAUCAUUAACCUUUCUGGAAAAAGCAGCUGGCCGUUGUCUGAGGCUCGUCAGUAGAAUGUGAGGGGAGCCUCACAGAUACCGCACAGACUAUUCAAGACUGGUUUACGUUGAGAGCUGUUGCUCUACUUCAGGGGGGCAGGAAAAUGAGGUUGCAACAAUUUCUUUUUGCCUUUCUGCUUUUCGUGAUGAGUCUUCUUCUUAUCAACGGACAGAGACCAGCUAAUUUGGCUGUGAGAAGAAAAUUGCACAGACACAACUGCCUUCAGAGGAGAUGUGUGCCUCUCCAUUCACGGGUGCCCUUCCCCUGAGUGUGGACCUUCUCUAGAUAAUCGUACCUGGUCUACCAGAAGAGGAAUGAAGGAAAGAUACCCACCCACACCAUAGUGUGAUUGCUUAGAAGUUCCUGUACAAAAAGGAAUCAUUUGAAAGCACCUGGGAUGGUUUAUUAGUCUUACAGGAUUCUCUUCCUGGUUUCUCUUUAGAGGGGAAAAUAACAAAUUCAAAAGCAAUUCCAGUCUGAAGCACAAUUAUUUGCUUGUAUAUUAAAAAUCUCUCAUCUUUUUCUGCACAUUACUAUUCCUAGAGGAGUUAAAAAUACUUUUUAAUGUCUUAGUAUAAGAAUUAAAAUUUUUCUUUCAUAAUUCUGUAAUUCUCCACAAGUAUUAAAAUGUUUGUAUACGUUUGUAUAUGUUUGAGUGAUUUUUUUUCCAAAAAUGCUAAAUCUCUAAUCAAAUGCUUUGACCGUUUGGCUUUACAGAAUAAGGAUACAUUAAUUGGUUCAUUGAUUAUUUAUAUAGUGAAACUAAGAAAGAAACUAUUAAUUGCUAUCAAUUUUAUAUUAUAGGCUUUAAUGUUUAUGAAAGCAUUUUUUUAUUUUGAACAAUACCCAUAAAGUCAUAAAAGAAAGUUUGAAAUACUAAGAUGUUAAUUUCUGAAUCUGUCUCUCAUCAUGUAAUUAUAAGAAACCAGUGCUUUAUUUCCUUCCCAGUGUGAGGUCUUCCCAAGUUGUUAAAUACACUCUUAAUUUGUAUUUAUUAAAAGAGUAAAGUUAGCACAAUGCCAUAAAGUUUUUAUUUUACUGUAAGUUAAUUCCAGGUAUGAAAUUUAUGAAAUCUUGAUUAGAAAUUUUGCUUGUAAACAUUGUAGAGUGGAAGAAACAAUAAACCAUUAACCCUUAUUUUGAUAAAAUAAAAGUUUGGGAGUACAUGGGUGGCUCAGUCGGUUAAGCCUCUGCCAUCGGCUCAGGUCAUGAUCUCAGGGUCCUGGGAUCGAGGUCCAUCCCCAUCGUGUCCCC